AAAAUGUGGAUCACGAACCAGUGUCGAUAAACCCUAUUCUCACGUCGACCCAACGCAGCUCGAAAACAAUGAGCUUUCUCCUCCGGUCUGGCGGCCGCCACCGCCUCCUGCUCUCCUCCUCCUCCUCCUCCUCCAGCGUGAUCCGAUGUCUCCGCCGCUUCUCCCCAGCGGGUGCCGCGGCGAAGGAUGACUCGGACGACCUCGAGCCCAUCGACCCGCGGAAGCUCCCCGCCGACUACGACCUCGCCACCUUCGACCCGGCGGCCCCACGGCGGAGCCCCCCUACCGAACGCGUCUGGCGUCUCGUCGACGAGAUCGCCGCCCUCUCCCUCGCCGACGUCGCGGAGCUCUCCUGCAUCCUCCGGCAGAAGAUGGGCAUGGAGGAGCCCCCGGCGAUCGGCAUUGCCAACGCCGGCGCCGGCGGGGCCGGGGCGUCCGCCGAAGGUGCGGCGGCGGCCGGAAAGGAGGAGGCAAAGAAGCAAGAGAAGACGGUGUUCGAGCUGAGGCUGGACUCGUACGAAGCGGCGUCCAAGAUCAAGGUGAUCAAGGAGAUCAGGGUAUUCACCGACUUGGGGCUGAAGGAGGCGAAGGAUUUGGUGGAGAAGGCACCCACGGUGAUCAAAAAGGGGCUCUCCAAGGAGGAGGCGGAGCAGAUCAUUGAGAAGAUGAAGGCCGUUGGCGCCAAAGUCGUGAUGGAAUGACAAGGGAGUUUGAGGAAGAAAGAGGACGCUUGGUUAGGUUUGAGAAGAUAUCUCCUUUACUCUUACUGUGACUGUAUCAAGUUUCACAAUGCUUUUGAAGGCAAAAUGUGGUGCUUGAUCAAAUUCUAUAUAAGAGAAUCCUUUUUAAUCUUGGAACUUCCACACUGAAGCAUGGAAAAAUGGAUCCGGCUCAUCCAUUAUUGUUUUCAGCUGUACUGAUAACUAAUAUGUAUUCUUAAUUGAUCAUUGACGAACAAAAUAAAUUUGGUGUUGAUAUGAACAUUCAUUUGUUUGAUUGACAGACUUCUGAAAUAUAAAUGCCUCUCUGGGGGAAAUGGCAGGAGUUAGCUUGUUCA